AUGAUUAUUAUUGAUCCAACUGAAGAUUUUAAAAAUACAAUGGAUGCAUUUGUUAAAAUAUCAAAAACAAGAUCAGAAAAUGAAACAAGUUUAGAAUUUGAUAAUCAUUUAAAAAAAUUUAAUUCACAAAUAACAUAUACGGGAAAUCAAAAGGGUGGUAAAUUUGAACAAAUAUUUCGUGGUAAACAACCAGAUUUUACAUGGUCAAUUACUACACAGUUUUAUGCAUGGAAUAUUGUAACAAUAAUUGAAAAAAAAAAGAAUGAUUUAACAGAAAAUGAAAUAUCUCAAAUGUUAGAAUAUCUAAGAAUGAUUGUUCAAAUAUCUCCUGAACGAACAUAUGCAAUUGGAUGUUUAACUAAUUAUAAAGAUAUUAUUUUUGGUAAAGCAACAAUAAUAAAUAAUAAAUUUAAUUAUGAAAUAUUUGUAUCAAAAAAUGCAAUUAAAGAAUAUUGGAAAUUUCUUCAUUGCAAUCCGAUUUAUUUAGGACACGUUAAAUUUUCUAUUCCAGAAAAUUUUCAAAUUAAUUUAUUAUUAGGUAAAUAUUAA